UGGUACUGGGUCAUACCCUUUAAUAACUUGGCCUUAGCCCUUAAAAGUCAACCAGCCAUAUAUAACUUGAGCCAAGUUAGUAUACUACUUUACUGUAGUCUUGAAAAUCCUAAAAUGAGCUACAAUAACACAGAAGGUGAAGAAGAUUAUGAUCCAUUGUUAGUUGAACAUAAAAGUGAUGCUGUACCAUCACCACCUCAGCCAUUGCCUCAGGCUCAGCCCAUGAGUCAGUUCAUUGAUAUAGAACAAUACAAAGUACCUCCAGUUCCUCCACAUUUGAUUCGUCCCCCACCUCAUAACCAUGUAGUCACUGUGAGGCAACCAAUGCCUAAUUACCUGGCACAGACAAGCCAGUCCAGUUCAAGUGAUUACUAUUUAAACUUUGCUGUCAUUUUGACUGUUCUUUGCUUCUUCUGUGGUACAUUUUUGGUUCUUUUGUGUACCAUUCCGGCCAUGGUAUUUGCUAGUCAAGCAAAAGAUGAAGAACUUCGUGGGGACAUGGAAGCUGCACAAAGGAGUCGCUGCUUAUCUCUGGCCUUCAGUGGGGGAGCAAUAGUAUUUGGCUGCGGUGUGGUCAUUUUUGUUUUACUGUAUACAGUACAUGUGAUUACAUUUUGAGUUAAAAGAAAGACAAUAAUCAUUACAAUAACUUGUCAUUAAAUGUAUGUGUGUGUGUGUGUGUGUGUGUGUACCUGCAUUCAUUACUGUUGUUCUGUAUAAUAGAUUAUCUAUAGAUGUAGGUAGUCUAUUUGUGACCCCGCCUUUGAAAAUGUUUGCUUGUUCACUCAUUUUCAUAAAAAGUUGGUUGUCAAAUACUAUGGACUAUUUUAGUACAUAAAUUUGAUUGUUUUUUUUUAAACAUCCUAUUCAUUACAUUGUGA